GGAAGUGCCGGCCUGGAGCCAGUGCUAGGUGGGUGUCCCCUCAGCGCUGCCCAGCUGCCGCCUGCACUACCCAUGGACUGCUACACGGCGAACUGGAACCCGCUCGGGGACUCCGCCUUUUACCGGAAAUAUGAGCUGUACAGCAUGGACUGGGACCUGAAGGAGGAACUCAGGGAUUGCCUGGUGGCUGCUGCACCCUAUGGGGGCCCUAUUGCACUGCUGAGGAACCCCUGGCGGAAGGAGAAAGCUGCCAGUGUGCGGCCAGUGCUGGAUAUAUACUCUGCUUCUGGCAUGCCUCUGGCCAGCCUGCUGUGGAAGAGUGGGCCUGUGGUGUCCCUGGGCUGGUCAGCUGAGGAAGAGCUGCUCUGUGUGCAGGAAGAUGGUGCAGUGCUGGUUUAUGGGCUGCACGGUGACUUCCGGAGACACUUCAGCAUGGGCAAUGAGGUUCUCCAGAACCGGGUUGUAGAUGCCCAGAUCUUUCACACUGAGUUUGGCUCUGGUGUGGCUAUCCUAACAGGCGCCCACCGCUUUACCCUCAGUGCUAAUGUGGGUGACCUCAAACUCCGUCGGAUGCCAGAAGUGCCAGGUCUGCAAAGCGCACCUUCCUGCUGGACCACAUUAUGUCAGGACCGAGUAGCACAUAUUCUUCUGGCUGUUGGGCCUGAUCUUUAUCUCCUGGACCACGCAACCUGCUCUGCAGUGACACCCCCUGGCCUGGCCCCGGGAGUGAGCACCUUCCUACAAAUGGCUGUCUCCUUCACCUACCGACACCUGGCACUCUUUACAGACACAGGCUAUAUCUGGAUGGGAACGGCAUCUCUCAAGGAGAAGUUGUGUGAGUUCAAUUGCAAUAUCCGGGCACCUCCGAAGCAGAUGGUCUGGUGCAGCCGUCCUCGCAGCAAAGAGAAGGCUGUUGUGGUGGCCUGGGAGAGGAGGCUAAUGGUGGUGGGCGAUGCGCCUGAGAGCAUCCAGUUUGUGUUGGAUGAGGACUCCUACCUGGUGCCUGAGCUUGACGGGGUCCGCAUCUUCUCCCGCAGCACUCAUGAGUUCUUGCAUGAGGUUCCAGCGGCCAGUGAGGAGAUCUUCAAAAUUGCUUCAAUGGCCCCUGGAGCACUGCUCUUGGAAGCCCAGAAGGAGUAUGAGAAAGAGAGCCAGAAGGCAGAUGAGUACCUGCGGGAGAUCCAGGAACUGGGGCAGCUGACCCAGGCCGUGCAACAGUGCAUCGAGGCUGCAGGACAUGAGCACCAGCCAGACAUGCAGAAGAGUCUGCUGAGGGCAGCCUCCUUUGGGAAGUGUUUCCUCGACAGAUUUCCACCUGACAGCUUUGUGCGCAUGUGUCAGGACCUGCGUGUGCUCAAUGCUGUUCGGGACUAUCACAUUGGGAUCCCCCUCACCUACAGCCAAUACAAGCAGCUCACCAUCCAGGUGCUGCUGGACAGGCUUGUGUUGCGGAGGCUUUAUCCCCUGGCCAUCCAGAUAUGCGAGUACCUGCGCCUUCCUGAAGUUCAGGGUGUCAGCAGGAUCCUGGCGCACUGGGCCUGCUAUAAGGUGCAACAGAAGGAUGUGUCAGAUGAGGAUGUUGCUCGAGCCAUUAACCAGAAGCUGGGAGACACACCUGGUGUGUCUUACUCCGAUAUUGCAGCACGGGCCUAUGGCUGUGGCCGUACGGAGCUGGCCAUCAAGUUGCUGGAGUAUGAGCCACGUUCAGGGGAGCAGGUACCACUUCUGCUAAAGAUGAAAAGAAGUAAGCUGGCAUUGAGCAAGGCCAUUGAGAGUGGGGACACUGACCUUGUGUUCACAGUGUUGCUACACCUGAAGAAUGAGCUGAACCGAGGAGAUUUUUUCAUGACCCUUCGGAACCAGCCCAUGGCUCUGAGCUUGUACCGACAGUUCUGUAAGCAUCAGGAGCUAGAGACGCUGAAGGACCUUUACAAUCAGGAUGACAAUCACCAGGAGUUGGGCAGCUUUCACAUCCGAGCCAGCUACGCUGCAGAAGAGCGUAUCGAGGGGCGAGUAGCAGCUCUGCAGACAGCCGCUGAUGCCUUCUAUAAGGCCAAGAAUGAGUUUGCAGCCAAGGCCACAGAGGAUCAAAUGAGGCUCCUGCGGCUACAGCGGCGCCUAGAAGAUGAGCUAGGGGGCAGGUUCCUAGACCUGUCUCUACAUGACACAGUCACUACUCUCAUUCUUGGUGGUCACAACAAGCGUGCAGAGCAACUGGCACGUGACUUCCGCAUCCCUGACAAAAGGCUCUGGUGGCUGAAACUGACUGCCUUGGCAGAUCUGGAAGACUGGGAGGAGCUAGAGAAGUUUUCCAAGAGCAAGAAAUCACCCAUUGGCUACCUGCCUUUUGUGGAGAUCUGCAUGAAACAACACAACAAAUACGAGGCCAAGAAGUAUGCUUCCCGCGUGGGUCCUGAGCAGAAAGUCAAAGCUUUGCUUCUUGUUGGGGAUUUGGCUCAGGCUGCAGAUGUGGCCAUCGAGCACCGGAAUGAGGCUGAACUAAGUCUCGUGUUGUCCCACUGUACUGGAGCCACAGAUGGGCCCACAGCUGACAAGAUUCAGCGGGCCAGAGCACAAGCCCAGAAGAAGUGAGGCGUCUGUCCUGCAUCUCUCUUCAGCAAGGGGCUCUUCCCUCAGCCCACGGGCCUGGCAGAAGCUUCAUUGUCUUUCCAGAUCUUCCCAUAGAGCAAAGCUGAGAAGCUGGUGGAAAGCAGGGAGUCUGGCUGUAAAUAAAGUUGAAACACUU